AUGACAGAUAGAAAAUUUGACGAAGGAAUUAUUGUUGUAAUGGGUACCAAUGAUUACGGUAACACUGGGGCGGCCACUUCGGAAAGGAACGAUUAUUUGGAUUAUUUGAACAGAACCAUCAAUAAUAUCCGUUGCGCCAACGAUUUUAAUCGCGUUGCUCGUAAGAUACAAGCAGUAUCGGCUUCGGCUGACCGAAUUAUAGUGGAGAUGAUGGUGGAGGAGGAGCACCUCAAUAGUAAGAAGACCUUACAUGGAGGUCAAACUGCUGCACUUGUGGAUAUGAUAACCGCACGGGCAGUUGGAAUGACCGUACGAGAUAAAGUUAUGGUCUCUGUCGAACUUGCUGUCAGUUAUUUGCUACCAGUGAAACUUGGUGAAACGAUCGAAAUUGAGGCAAAAGUGUUGAAAAUUGGCCGGAACAUUGCGUUUGCGGAAGCCGAAUUCCGAAGAAAAGGCGAUAGUCGAAUAGUUGCGAAAGGAAAACAUACUAUAGCUUUCGUCCCAAAGCCACCAGCCACAAAUGGUGAUUCGUUCGAGCAAUUUUAA